CUCCACGAAUGCAUCCUUCGGAGGCCUGCUAUGGAACCCUCUGCAGCAGCCAGACUGUUGCAAAAGCUCCUCGGUUUGCAGCAUUCCCUCCUUUCCGGCAGCGCUUUUUUUCCCUCCGUGGCAGGAGGCUCGGCAGCCCGGCCGUGCAGCAUGCUGGAUCCGGAGGGCAGUGUGGAGCACAAGCCUUCCUCUUCCUUCCCCAAAGUUUUCCUCAUCCCUCUAGCCAUGCUCCUUGCAAUCGCCGCCCUCCUGCUCUUAGCCUUUUCCGCUACGCAGCAGAAAGAGCCUGAUUUUUACACUUUCAAAGUUGUCAACAUCAGGGGCAAACUAGUGUCUCUGGAGAAAUACAGGGGCUCGGUGUCCCUGGUUGUCAACGUUGCCAGUGAGUGUGGGUAUACAGACAGCCACUACAAGGCCUUGCAGCAGCUACAGAGAGACCUGGGCCCCUACCAUUUCAAUGUCCUGGCCUUCCCCUGCAAUCAGUUUGGGCAGCAAGAACCAGACAGCAACAAAGAAAUUGAAAGUUUUGCACGGAAAACUUAUGGUGCCUCUUUUCCCAUGUUCAGCAAAAUUACAGUCAGUGGAGCUGGUGCAAUUCCUGCCUUCAAGUACCUAAUUGAAUCUACAGGAGAAGAGCCAACCUGGAACUUCUGGAAGUACCUGGUGGACCCCAAUGGGAAAGUAGUAAAGGCCUGGGACUCUACUGUCUCUGUUGAAGAAAUAAGACCUCAUGUUACAGAACUUGUAAGGAAAAUCAUCCUGAAGAAGAAAGAUGAAUUAUGACUUUCACAAAUUCCAGCAUGCCAGUUACAUCUUUACUGAGAAUUAAAGCUGGAAUUUGUCUUUUCACAUUCCAGAAGAGAGUAGAUGGAGAAGGGAAAUGAUGACCAAUGGAAUCUGUAUUCGUGAUCCUAAGAAUGUAGAAAAAAGCAAGUUUUCACAGUCAAAGUAUUUUAAAUCUUUUCUCCAACUGAAAUCAAUUUGACCUUUUUUUGGAAAGCAGAACUCAUCAGUAAUUGUUUCUUCCCCAAUUCAAAUUAAUUGUUUUGCCACUAUAUGGAGUCAGUGCAUGUGCCUGUAGGAAGAAGGCUCAGACUAAAAAGAAUUUC